CUGGAACCUGAGAACUUGAGGGACGCGCAUGUCUGAAGGUCUACGUCUUCGUUCAUGUUGCAUUUUACGACAGUCACUUACUUCAGAUCCUCGUUUUUGCGCCCGACAGAGAGAGAGAGAGAAGCUCUGAUAUGGCUCACCUGUUGGAGUUUUAGGGAAAUCAAGUUAGACGCGCGGAUGUGAGUUUCCUUGGUGGCGUCCAUGGCUUACCAUCCCUACCAGGGACCCGACGCUGCUGGUGCCUUCCUCUAUGGCGCACAGCCGGGGUUCCACAGUGCGCACUCCAUCACCGGGAGCCGGUCCACGCAAGAGCCUGAACUGGGCCAAGCGAUGCGUCCCUCCAGACAAGGAGACGAGGAUGACCCCAGAGUUUUCCUGGACUCCCGGGAUUUAUGGAGCGAGUUUAACAAGAUAGGAACCGAGAUGGUGAUUACAAAAUCAGGAAGGAGGAUGUUUCCACCCUUUAAAGUGCGAGUAGAGGGACUGGACCACAACUCGAAGUAUAUCUUGCUGAUGGACAUUGAGUCUGUUGACGAUUGCCGCUACAAGUUUCACAACUACUGCUGGAAAGUUGCAGGAAAGGCCGACCCAGAGAUGCCGAAACGGAUGUAUAUCCAUCCUGAUAGCCCAUCCAAAGGAGAUCAGUGGAUGAGCAAGCCUGUCACGUUUCAUAAACUCAAGCUCACCAACAACCUGUCGGACAAACACGGAUUUACAAUUCUCAAUUCAAUGCAUAAAUACCAGCCAAGAUUCCACAUCGUCAAAUCCAAUGACAUUUUGAAGCUUCCAUACAGCACCUUCCGGACUUAUGUUUUCCCAGAGACAAAGUUCAUUGCUGUCACUGCAUAUCAGAAUGAGAAGAUCACGCAGCUAAAAAUCGACAACAACCCUUUUGCUAAGGGGUUUCGCGAUGCCGGAAAUGGAAGGAGAGAAAAGAGGAGCAAGCUGUCGAAUGUGCCUUUGCUGCACGAGGGCCAAGACAAAGUAGCUCAGGAGUGUGCUGAUUCGGAUGACUCGGUGGAGCAACCCUUUCCUGGUGAUCCGAAUCACUCCACGAAGGAGACGUCAACCAUCUUGGCCAACUGUCGAGAUGAGACCAACAGUGACAGUGAUGUUGAUCUAGAAGAUGAGAAGAGCAUUUCUGCUGCUGGAUGUCCACCUCAUCUAGAGAACACAGACCUAUGGUGGACCCAGCCUGAAGCCCGUGAGAGUAGUGUCCUACAAAAAAGCCAAAAUUCAACAGUGAUUUGGUCCGGAAACAUCAAUCUACCUCAAAUCAAAGAUGGCCUCCCGUAUGCAGCUCUGGCUCGUCAUUUGCCAGCCGUAAACACUGCGGAGUGUCGUGAGGUCAGGGCGCCAUCGUGGUUGCGUGCAGGGCAACAGAUGGUGGACUCGAAAACUCUGCACCGAUCGGGAUUCUGUGUUACAGCGGAUUGUUCUGGCCUAACUUCUUCACUCCAGGUCGUCCCUUCUUCUCACAUGUUACAGCCGCCACAACACAUGCUCGUAUCUCAGGGAGCAUCUCAGCCACUCGGUGGAAAGCUGUUCUCCUACCCAUACCACUGCAUGACAGCACCCACCAAGGCCACUCGCUCACUGGUGCCUAAACUAGGCAGAAACCGCUUUCUGCACACUCCUCUGUCGUCGCUGCGCUUCAGCCCAUAUCACAUCCCAACCGCUGUCAUCUCGAGCCAAAGUCUGCAGUCAGCUGGAUCAGCAUCACAGUUCCUGCAGUCCAAGUCGUGCAGCCGGCUGUCAAACAUGGUGUCGCAUGUACACGAUCGCAGAGGUGCGCCUGCACAGCACGCUGCUCCUUUUUCUGUCUGGGAUCCACAGAAGCUUCGUGCAGUCAGAGCAUUUGAUAAAUCGCCUUAUCUGCUGCCAUAGUUCCGACUGUAUACCUGUUUUACAGAAACUUGGACUUGUAAACAGCGACUCUCUUACGCCUCACAAAAGAACUCUGCUUGUAAUACGUUUUAUAUUAUCAUGAAGGUGUUUGGCGAAUGUGCUUCAGACUCCAGCUUCCGCGAUGUUAGCCCCCUUUCCACAAUGGUCGCCACCACUCAAGCAUGAGGGUGGGCUUGGUUCCAUUGAGCCAGUUGUGAAUUAAUGAAUCUAACUUGAAAUAAAAUAACUCCAUGAAGUGUUUUAAGCUCCAGGGGAAGACACUUAGUUGAGAACUCAGUUGUAUGAAAUAUGUAUUACCAAAUUAUUAAUUAUAAUUAUUAUGAAAAUAAUUGGGAUCGGGCUGGAACCUUAACGUCUUCAUUUAGUUAAUUACAUAACUGGUGCAAAUAACACAGAUUCAUCAUGAAUUAACAUUUUUCAGUGCACUGCAUGAUACAAUGUGAUUUCAGCACCAAAACAAAGUCUGAGUUUGCGUUGAUGGAUGAAAAUUUGCCAGGAUAGAUACAUGAAAAUAAAUUAUUAAAUAAAUAAUUAAAGUAAAUG